AUGGCCGACCCAUCGGCGAGCCCCUCCGGCGACGGCGGGAGCCGCAUUAGUUGCGGCAGCCGCACGGCCGACGGCAUCGGGGAGGAGCGGAACGUGCUCCUGCCCGUCGCCGAUAUCAGCCGCUGUUGGAUCUCUGCUUGGCUUGAACGACCUUUGUUUUUAGCGGCUGACGCGUCGGUGCUUUGCAUGGAGAGCAGCGAGAGCGACAGAUGCAAGAGGGCGAGGCGGGAGGCCACGGCCGGCGACGACCUGCUGCCCGAGAUGGCGAAGCAUGGGUUCCAGGCCCACCCGCACAAGAACAGAUCGGAGCCCCCUUGCACAAUGGAGGUGGAGCCAAACCCCUUGCCCGUGUCUGAUGUCAGGGAUUGGUCUGAGCUCCCACUCGAUGCGCUUUCUGCAAUCUUCAUGAAGCUUGGGACCAUCGAGAUUCUGAUGCGCGCGGAACUUGUGUGCCGCUCAUGGCGCAUAACAGCCAAGUCCCCCGAGUUGUGGCGUUUCGUGGACAUGACACGCCACAAGGUGGUUUUCUCAAAGGAAGAAAAUGUCAUGUGCGAAAUGGCAAAGGUGGCUAUAGAUCGCUCUGAUGGACGGAUGGAAUCGUUCUGGGCUCAGAAGUUUGUCACUAGCGAACUCCUGAAUUACAUUGCAAGUAGAUGCAACUCAUUGAAGAGCAUUCGACUCAUUGCCUCCCAAUACUUUUGGGACGAUGCAGUAACUAAGCUUGCGGCUAGAUGUCCAAUGCUAGAAGAGAUAGAAUACUCUGGCCAGAAGCUGUCAUGGCCAUUUUUCAAGCGGAUCGGUGCUGCUCGCCCAGAGCUGAAGCGUUUAAGAGUCCGUUUGCCUUGGGUCGACGAGGAGGAAGAGGAGGAGCUUUAUGAGGCCUGGGAGGCGAGACAGAACGAGGAGGCCUUCGCCAUAGCAGAGAGCUUGCAGGAGUUGCAGCUCCUUCAGAUGGCAGGCUACGGCCUGACUGAAAAGGGGGUGUACGCCAUUCUUGAAGGCUGCCCCCACCUCGAAUUCCUUGACCUUAGAGAAUGCGGCAACCUCAAAGUUGACGAUGAAUUCCGAGCUCGCUGUGCCAAUAUCAGGCAUGCCCGGCUGCCAGGAGUGGUGGGGUCUCCGCCUCACGUUCAGUGCCCAGAUCUCCGUACCAUCGAGGAGAACGAAGGUGAAGUGAUAGAGCAAUCUGAUCUCUAUGCUUGCUCUCCGCACAACGAGGCAGCAAUGGACAGCGAUGGCCACAGCCAGUGCUAUUGUUAUUGCUGCGGCGAGUACUAUGGCGAAUAUUACUGCGAUUGCUACUUCAAGGAUGAUCCCAGAUACUACUGGGAGCUGUGA